GAAGGGAAAGUCGACGGGACCGACCCGGACAGAGUUGACAGUGACACCAGCUGGACACAUGUGAGUGACAGCGUCGGUGUGGACACGGAGAAAUGCAGCGGCUGUACAUCGGUGGCUUGAGCCACACAAUCACUCAGAAGGAUCUGAAGGAUCGAUUUGGGAAGUUUGGAGAAGUGCAAGAUGUUGAGCUACGGACCAGGAGAGACGAUGACGGAGUUCCUUACAAAACCUUCAGCUACAUCAACAUCAACAUUUCAGAAGCUGACCUGAAGAGAUGUAUGACGGUGCUGAACAAAUCCAAAUGGAAAGGAGGAACUCUGCAGAUUGAAAAUGCCAAGGAGAGUGUCCUGCAGAGACUAGCUCAGGAGCGACAGGAGGCGGAGGAGCAGCGCCUCCAGCCGCCUGCAGCUGAAGACAAGAAGAAGAAGCUGAUCGACUCGCUGAGCAAAGCCGGCGUGGACAACUUCCACAUGAGCGCUGCAGUGCCAGGGACCGAAGUCCCGGGACACGAGGACUGGGUGGUCAGUAAGUUUGGACGAGUCCUCCCCAUCCUGCAGCUCCGGUGUCGGAAAGGCAGCAAAGCUCGAACCCUGAACUAUGACCCGUCCAAAUACAGCCACAACAUCCGCAAGCUGGACCGAGGUGAAGAGGACCAGCACACCCCCAUCACCCAGCUCACCUGGGAGGUGCAGGGAGGGGACGAUGACAUCAGCAAAAAGAGGCGGGGCGAGUUCCCUCCAUAUGUGCCCCCAAAACCCAAAAAGAGUCGGAAAAGCGUGACCAGCUCCAGUGACGCAGUGAGCGCAACCAGAUUGGAGCCGACUGUUCAUUCCGUCCCUUUCCCUGUCCCUGUCCCUGUCCUGGUCCCCAAGCCCAAGCCCAAACCUGAACCUUUCAGCAACGGAUUUCAACUCCCAACCAACCAAAGACCGGCUCCGAGGAAGUUGUUGCCUUUAAACGGCUACGAUCUGGAUUCGGACGACGAAAUCCGCAUAAUGGUGGCCAAUCAGAAAACCUCCCGUGGUGCACUGGGGCAGGAAGUGGAGGAUGAUAAACUGGAAGUGGUUGGAUUAGACUACCUGGUGAAGUCGGGACGUUCCUGUAGGCCAGAUGACAAAGACGAGGAUGACUAUGAUUCUGCUGACACAGAUGAACUCCUUGCAUCCAGGAAACCUCCGGCUCCUCCUCUUCUUCCUCCUCCAGCUCCAUCGCAGGAGAAACAGACACAGCCCGCUGCAGAAAACAGCUCAGGGAACAACACGGAUAGGAAGAAAAAGUUGAAGAAGAAAAGUAAAGCUGCAGCAGCAGCGAAGGAGGAGAAGGAGGAGGAGAAGGAGGAGGAGAAGGAGGAGAAGGAGGAGAAGGAGGAGGUGGAGAAGGUGAAGGAUUCAGCAGAUGCUGAAGAUCAAAUAACUUCCGCCCCUUCUCAGAAAAAAAGCAGCAACCAGUGUAAGAUGUUGGCAGUUCUCCCUGUUGUGAAGUCCUCUUCCUCAGACUCUGAGGAUGAUGAUGAUGAUGAGGAUGAUGAGGAGGAGGAGGAGGAUGAUGAUGAUGAUGAUGAUGAUGAUGAUGACGAUGAUGACGAUUAUGAAGCCAUGUUUUCUAACGUCACCCGUCUGGAGAUCACCAUGGCUGAUCUACAGAGGCUAGCUGAAGAAGCCACGCAGACCUCUGAGACUACAGCUCCCAGCAUCCCUAGCGGCAGCUCCGAAAAAGAAGCUAACCUCAUAUCUGGCGUCACAAAACAACCCAAGAAAGGCACCACGCCAGAAGAGAUCCUCGCCUCCCUCAUGCGGGGCUACUGCAGCGAUGACGACAAGAAGAAGAAGAGGAAAGGGAUGCUGCCGGCCUUCCAGGGAACAAAGACAUUGUACAAGGGAUUAGAAACAAACGACUGCCCGAAGAGACAGAGAGAGGAGCAGCAGCAGGAGGAGAAAACAGGAAGUGUGGUCAAAAGACACAAGCUGCACUCAGAAGCUCCUCAAGUGGACCAGAAAGCAGCUGAAAGCAAAACUAGUAAAAGUUUGAGCAAAGGAAAACACAAAGAAACAAAGAAGACAGAGAGCAGUGAGGAGGAAGAGGAAGAGGAGGAGGAGGAAGUUGUGAAGGUGGUGAAGGUAGUGAAGAACAAGGCUGCUACUAAAGUUCCAAAUAAAUCUGCUGUUAAUACUGAGAAACCGGAGACAAGUCCCUCCUCCAGCAGCGACGAUGAUGAUGAGGAGGAGGAGGAGGAGGAGGAGGAAGUUGUGAAGGUGGUGAAGGUGGUGAAGGUAGUGAAGAACAAGGCUGCUACUAAAGUUCCAAAUAAAUCUGCUGUUAAUACUGAGAAACCGGAGACAGGUCCCUCCUCCAGCAGCGACGAUGAGGAGGAAGAGGAGCAGAGGAGGAAGGCUAGUCGGGCUGUUCCGUCAGCCAAAGCUACAGCAAAGACUUUACCUUCAUCCUCCAGCUCCUCCUCUGAGGAAGACGAGGACGAACAAGAAAUUGUCUCUGCCAAAGAUGUUGGGAAAACAGCAACUCCCCCUGUUCCUCACAGCGAGUCCUCCUCCUCCUGCUCCUCCUCCAGCGAAGAGGAGGAAGAGAAGGUGCAGGUUCUCUCUCGGGUGAAGUUAGGAGCCAAGGAGGAAAAGGAGCAGCAGAGGAAGGCCAACACGAGGAGACUCGCUGCCGUCCAGCAGAGAAUGAAGGAGGCCGAAGAACACAAGAAGCUCAUACAGGGAGCUCUCUCCAACGUGGAUACUCCAAAACCAGGAGCAGGGAAACAUAUUGUCUUUGGCUCUGAUGAUGAGGAGGAUGAUGGUGAUGAAGAUGUGCAGCAGAAAACCUCAGAUGUCACAAUGUCAAAAAAGAAGACCCUGCUCAAGGACAGCCAAUCAGAUUCAGAGGACGAGACCACGGAUGAUGAGGCAUCGGCCAAUGAGAAAAAACAGACAAAAGAGAAGGUGCGUCUGAAGCAGUCAGGCCCUCAGCUGUUUGGCGGCAGUGAUGACGAUGAAGAGGGUGGUGAUGAAGAGCAGGAUGGCAGCAGAUUUGACGUCAGACCUGAGUUUGAAGGUCGAGCCGGUCAGAAGCUGAUGAAGCUACAGUCUCACUUCGGGGCAGACGAGCGAUUCCGGAUGGAUUCUCGCUUCCUGGAUGAAGACGAGGGCAAAGACGAAGAGUCAGGGGAGGAGGUGAAGACGACAAAGGAUGAUGAGGCUCUGGAUGAGGAGAGGAAGAAGAACCUGUUCAUCAUGCAGAGCGUCCUCGGCAGCAGCCAACAAACCUGCAGCAGCAAGACUGCUAGCAAAGCCAAGACCUUCAGAGACGUGUCAGUGCUGCACUACGACCCCAGCAGAGAGGAACAUGCUGCGUUUGAGACCAAACCAGAGGAAAACAAAGAGAGCAAGUCGGCCAGGAGGAAGAAGAGGGAAGAGGCUCAGAAGCUUCCGGAGGUUUCUAAAGACAUUUAUUAUGACGUGUCUGGAGACCUGAAGGCCGUGUUUGGUUCGACAAAGGAUGACAUCGCUGAAGAAGAAGAAGUAGCAGUACAACAAGAAGGAGAAGAAGAAGAAGAUAAGACAACCUGGGACCAAGAAGAUGUAGAGGAGAAAAAAGGGAAAGAAGAAGAAGAAGAAGAAGAAGAGGAAGAGGAGGAGGAGAAGCCGACUCCGUUGACGUCUGUCGUCUCUGCUGAGGCAGACAAACAGGAGUCUGGAUUUAAAUUCUCCUUCUUUGAAGACGAUGCAGAAAAAGAGAGUAAAGAAACGGCAGCCGAGUACAAGGUGGAGAAUAUCCAGGGACCAAAGGUUUCAUGGCAACAAGACCCACGUUUCCAAGACAGCAGCUCAGAGGAGGAGGAUGAGGAUCAGGAGAUGGUGGAGGAGCAGAUCAUUUCUACACCAAAAACCACAGAAGCAGAGACUCCUGCAAAGACCGGCCUCCUCUUCUUCUUCUACCCUGAGGACAGCAGAUUGGCAGAGGGCCCGAGGUUGUUCUGUCGUCCCUCUCAGCUGGAGGAGCAGAUGGAGCAGUGGGACGAGCGGAGGACCACACUCAGACAGGAGUAUCGCAAGAAACACAAGGACGCCCGCAGAAAGCUGAAGGUCUCCCUGAAGAGCUGAGGAUGAUGGGAAGUCUGUGUCAGUUUGAAUACUCUGGUCUGGACGUCUAAAGUUAGCAGAUUUCUUUCCUCUCGUUUGAUUUGUUGUCAUGGAUUUCAACAGUCAACAGGAGAGAGAACAAACCGCAGCUGAAGACGCAGACUUGAAGCAAAACAUGGAGAUCAUCAGAAUAGAAAAUGCAUUAUUCAAUUCUAGUUAAUCCUCAGAGAUAUUUUGUAAUCAGUCAGCAGCAGAUACAGAGGAUCUAACGAAUAGAUAUUGAAUUUAAUAAUAAAAUGAAUAUCAAAGGUCGGACAUCAUUUCUGCAUCAUUUUAUCUUCGAGUCUUGUCUCAGGAUUCAGGGUUGAAGUUAUUUCUUGGCCUAUAAUCUAUUCAUUCUCAGUUUGAUCCUCCAAACAUCUCGCGACUUGUUUCUCUGGACCUGAGACUGAAGGUUGUCAUUAGAUUGUUGUGAUUGGACAGUGACUCAUUUAGGUUUUUGCAUCAUGACAGUAGUUCUGAUGAGAUGAUUCAGCGUCACUUUGUGGUUUAAAAUAAAGUGAAAUGAUAUUUUGUAUAUUUUGAAAUAAAGCUUUGUGUUUGUGAGAAUA